AUGGAGAACAACAAGUACCUGCUCGUCUUGAUGGCUUUAUCAGCUACUGGAACGUGUCUUGUUCCAGUUUUUGGUCUACUCGUACGAUUCCAGCCACAAUUUACACAUGGAUUCGACGUGCAUGCCAGUAAUGCAGAGAUGAAUUGCUACAUUGUGGGUACUUUGUACGCCGGUGUGUUCCUGAUCUGUGGUUUCAUGCUCAAGACUCGUGAUUGUUUGAGUAAGAAACGAAAAGAGGCCGUGGACGAUAUUACCAAGAGAAAUGAACGCUAUAAACUUCCAUUCCCAGAGUUGGAGAACAAGGAGUUUGUCCGAGCUAUGGAUGCUAUGGACAGGAGAGCUACAAUAGUAGCUCCGAUACACAAGAAAGCACUUGAGCUGUUGACAAUGUUUCCAGAUAAAGUAAUGACAGUGUAA